UGAACAAGGAAUUAGACUAAGCUCUCAUCAACAAAUUAGAUAAAUGAGUACCCAGGGGUUGUUUAAUGUAAUGUCCUUUAUGAUUUUUCGAAUUUAAAACUACCAAUGUUCUUGAAUAUAAAGUAGGAGAAAAUAGGAAUUAGAAAAACCCAUAAACAAAAGCUGGAAUAAUUGGAAAUUAAAAACAAGAAUACUCAGUAAAUAAAAUAAAAGAAAAGAAAGUGAA